UGGCCGAACAGCCCGUACCAGCGUGUAACGUCUGACAAACAAAAACUAAAAACCUUAAAAAAAACCUUAAAGAUUGACUACUGCUUGGGGAUUUAGAUAAAGUGUAUUACGAUUGAAUCAUUAAGUUACCAUUUAAAGAAAAAAAUAGCGCCUAAUAAUGCCAAAACCAAAUCAAAGACGAGGCGAGUUGUUGGAUAUCGCGCCAGCAAACCAAACCUGCUUGGAGGGAAAGGGUGCGGACAGCGCCGAUAAUACAUCAGAAAUACUGAAGGAACUCAAAUUAUUUCGAAUUGAAACGGCAGGGAACUUUGGUGUGCUGAGGAAGGAGGUGAGCGACAUAAAACUGAAUUUCGAAGAAUUAAAAACAAGGGUGAAUGACGCCGAACAGAGGAUUUCGGACAAUGAGGACCGUAAUAUGGAUCUGACUAAGGUGAUGUUUCAUCUGAUGCGCAAACAAAAGUACCUUGAGGAGAAGUGUGAGGGUCUGGAAGGCCGUUCACGGAGAAAUAAUUUAAGAAUUUACUCGGUACCGGAGAAAACAGAAGGAAGUAAUAUGAUUGAGUUUAUAGAAAAGCUUAUUCGUGAGCAGCUCAAUAUCCGGGAAGAGAUUUACAUUGAAAGGGCGCAUCGCGCUGCAGUAACAGGUGUCUCCUCCACGGGACGUGCCGCGGACUUCACCAGAUCAAUUAUAGUUUGUUUCCGUAGUUUUAAGGAGAAACAACGAGUAUUACAUGCUGCAUGGUCUCUAAGGGACAUUCGGAUCAAGAAUCAACGGAUUUAUUUUGAUGAGGAUUACACUACCGAUGUUUUUAAGGAGCGUGCAAAAUACAGGAGCGCAAGGAAACAACUCCAGGAGCGAAAAAUCAAGUCUCGCAUUCUCUAUCCCGCAAAACUCAUGCUGUUCCUGCAGGAUGGAAAGACUAAGAUUUUUGAAAAUCCACGCAAAGCAGCUGAGGGUCUAAAGGACUUUGGCGUAACGAUGGAAGUUCCAAGAAAAGAGUCGGAUUGGGACGCAGCGCUUCGGGCUGUAGGAUGGCAGUCCCCCCGCAGUAGAAGCAAAUCUGCUCCCGCUGGGGAAAUAACAGCCAGUGUUGAAUCUCUUCGACUUUCCUUGGACAAUUAUGAAAAUGAUAAGACACACGACGAAUAAGGUACAUCCUUUGUCUUUGGUAUGCAGAUGUAUUCUUUACUCUGAGAAGAAUGAAGAGGAAACAUAAAUUGACUGGAGAUGGAUAUUUCAGGAGUGUGGUGCAGAGGACACAUGUAGACGGGUCGGGGUCCUCAAGGGAAAGGUGACACAUACGUGGAAUUCAAAGUGAAAUUCAGACACUAAUUGACUCCUGAUCCUUUUAUAGAAUUAAUCAGGCAGGCCGUGGAUCAAUGGCUGUUGAAAAUGCCAGCAAAGGAGAAGUCUUGCCAUCAAUGUAAAUGAGCCAAGCACAGCGCCCUUCUCACUUGCUCACCAGUGCCUGCCAAGACGAAAACACACAUGCCUCCAGGGACAGUUCCCAGAGGAACACCCUCACCUAAACGGGAGUCGGGAAGAACUCAAGGAACUCAACACUCAAGGAAAACCACUUUCUGACCUCAGUUAGAAAUAAUACAACCAUCUACCUGUUUAUCAGAUGACAUUGAUGUCAACGUGUUUGUUUAAAAUAAGCCAAGAAUUUAAGAGGUAUGUAAAUAUUACUUAGCAUGAAUAUUUCAUUAGGAAUUAAUAAUAAUAGUUCGGAAUAGUUCACUUUUACUGUAUGUCAAAUUUCACACCCUCGUGUCAUUCCAAACCUGUAUGACUUUUAUCAGUUUUAUCAAUUACAUUUUUAAAGGAUUAUUUGACUCAGUAGUAAAAAUGACAA